CAUGUCAACACCUCCAUAGUAAUUUAACCAAACGCAAUACGCGAUAUAAUCUGUCAAUAUUUGCGCGCGAAAAUAUUUUUGAUACAGAUUAGAUAUAUCAAGUAUACAGCCACUAGCAAGGAGGUUUUGUUUUAAUGUGUUUUAAUAUGUGUUAUAUUUAAUUUAUUAAUAUCAUAAUUAUUUUUUCUUUUAUAAUUAAUUAAAGUACAAAUAAAUUAACGAUGAAGAACGCAGUCGGAAUUUUAGUGUUGUCAAUCAUUACCCUGUCGGCGUGUCAGAGUAAUGACGCUAUCCUGAGGAAUGACUUCGACGGGCCUCAUGAAGAUGGAUCAUAUAAGUGGGCGAUACAGACAGAAGGUGGAAUAUAUCACGAGCAGAGAGGAUCGUUACAAGGCAGUCCAGAACCGAGCCUGCUGGUGGAAGGGCAGUUCCAGUACACCGCUCCAGAUGGACAGGUCAUCCACUUACUCUACACAGCUGACGAGAACGGCUUCCACCCAACAGGAGACCAUUUACCUACCCCUCCACCCAUCCCCCCACAGAUACAACGAGCCUUGGAUUAUAUAGCCUCAUUACCAUCGAGAGAUUAUUAAUAAUUAU